GCCUUGAUAAUUCACAUCACCGCAUGAACAGCCAUGUGCAAGACAGAAACGGGGCGCUACCGACGCACUGCCUUGACAGAUGCCUUCGAUGACAGAGAGCGAGCACCGCACUGUGAGAGGGGAGCACUGAACGGCUGUGGAAGGUUGGUGUGGGUGCUGGGACGUCAUGCAAGCACCGUGAGUCGAAAGCAGUGCAACUUCGCGAAGUCUAUCUGCUUUGUUAUAUCGGCUCUUUCCGUCGACGAGCGCGCACAAGUCCUUGUCUUAUCUCUCAUCGCUCCUCUGCCAUACUUUGGGACAGCUUUGGACGCUUAUUCUUGUUUUCCUCUACAAUGUCUCGAUACGGUUGCACCGGUGCAGAUAACAAAAGUGAUAGCGGCUAUUUUAUGUUGAGUGCACGUGAAUGUGCGUCAUUGUCGGCGUGGAUGGUGAUCUUCUCAGAUUCACGCUCUGUGCAAACGUCAUCAACACCCUCCCAUCACACAGUACCUUACGUCCCUCAAGCUGAACCUUGCCUUAUUCCAUCAGACCAUUCUGUUGCCCUCUUUUAUUCAAUACCUUUGGAAUAAUAUCCAUCACCGCGUUGAUACGGUCACUUCAUCUCGCCUUGUUCCAUUAUAGACCCCAUCCAAUAUCGUCCACCAAUCUUGACCAGCUCCAAAAAUUACCAUUCCAAUCCGCAUUUGUACUAGAUAACUCACCCCCCCUUUCAAGUUUAGUUACGCCCCUCCACCACAUCACUCUUCAUUGGCGCACAUUGAUAUCCGACCUCUUCUUCCUUUCCAGCUUUCACAAGCGCUCAAAACACUCCGCGUAGUACUUUCUGCUUUUUCCAGAACUCACCUCGUCCAAUUCGUCCUCUUGACAUCAGGGGUGCAAGUGCAAGGUGGCGCUUCCAUCUUUAUAUUUGACCGUGGUUUCUGCGCUUCGCCGCUUAUGCGCUCCUCUCAGACGCUCCACAACCGUAUACGCGUGUAGAAACCUUGGGUACCUACCAUAUAUGUUUGAUUUCCCGGAUUAAUAGCCUGCCUUCGCUGAAUCCAGUAGAGCUGUGUUUUAAAGAUAGUAGAUAGUGUGGGUCCCCCCAGGUGCCCGUCAGGAUAUAUCCGAAAGGAUGUUUGUCCUUCGACUUUUCCCUGGUGCUGGACAAAAUUGGCCGCGGUGCUGAUCACAAGCCGUUGAUUGACUCCAUCAUCCCCGUGCCUGGUCGCAUUGACAUGUUGACCAGUUGAAUGGGCACUAGAUGAGCAAACGGCGUAAAGGUCGCAAGCAUAACGGAUACGCGUGCUCAUACUACUCCAUCCAGCCUAUCUGCGAGUGAGCGUCACGAUGGAGAACGAGAGCCUUUAUAGUGAAUCUGAAGCUCUCGUCAACAAGGGUCUGAACGGUUCAGGUAGUAUUAGGCACUUCCCAUGCUCAUAUUACAUCAGUACCACUGACAGCUAGUUCGUGGCCUAUGUUGUGUCUGAACUUUAUGCUCUGAGCUAGUAACAGCAAGGUGCCUGAUUGUCGAUGAGACGAACAAAAACAGUAUUUUAGCGUAUGCGCGGAUAGGAGGCAACAGCUGUAUCAAGUUUUCUUCACUCGAAUUCCAAGGCUGACGAUGCACCGGCGGAGAUGAUAUCGAUGAGGGUACUAAGAAGUACUUUGAGGCAGGUGAAGUGUGUUGUUGUUCGGAAGCUAUUACGAGGAGGUCGAGAUUGACCAUGGGCUAUACUGCUAAAAACGCACAAAAUAGUGCUUUCAAGAUUUUUCUCGUGGAAGUAAGCCGAUGUACCGCAGGACUAUGAUUACGUAUAGAAAUGUUACUUGUACUCAUCAUGAGAUGUGCAAGAUACAAUAUGCAAUACUGGAUCGAGCGCAUCGAAAGGUAGUAAGGGGAAAUGGGCAGACCGAUAACAGAUGUGACCUGUGGGCGAUCUGAUAAAUUAAAGAAAUCAUGUUCAUUCAGGGGAAUCCGACCCGCGGCAAGCCUGUCCAAACACGUCCAACGGUUGAAUUAUCUCAACACCAGAUUACUAGCGCUAAGGACGGGUGAAGAAUGGAUAGGUAUGGCAUACGACACACAUCGAAGGGCACAUAAUUACGGGCUUCAGCGAUUAUAUGAACGUUUUGACAACCGCGAAGUCAGAGUUAUGAUAUAUAACUGUUUCUGGCGGCGAGUCCUCGUUAAAGCUGAGCCAGUGCUGAUACUGAUUUGGCUCCGCCAGACCAGUGUAGCGUUCGAACUUCUCGGCUUUAAAGUCUCUUCCGGGGCAAAAAUCUGGGAUUGUUUGACAGGUCGAACUUGUUAAAGAAGCCGAUGGGAGGAGGAGGUAGUUCAAGGUCGUGGUUCGUAAUUUCACGUACCGUAGCAUUUGCCACCAGGUUCUCCGAACAUCGUGUAUCGAUACACAUUGACAGG